CGGAAAUUACGGAAUAUGAUAGCUAUAACUUGAAUGGAUUUCCGUUUGAGGGGGAGAUAAUAAGAGGUUCAUGUUCCAUAUAUUGGGCAUUGUCGUUUGCCAUUGACCUCAUCAAACAUGUCGUCGCAUUCUGAUAUUGAGAAGAAGCCAGCCAUGACAAACGUGGAUCAGAAUCAUGAACACUUACAAGAGCUGGGGUAUACGCCUGAGCUCAAGCGUAACUUCUCGCUUGUUUCUAUGCUGGCAACAUGUGUGUCACUUAUGGCUACAUGGGAAGCUCUUUGCAGCACGAUGGCUACUGGUUUGAUUAGUGGAGGUCCCGUAUCAUUGAUAUAUGGAGCUAUUGUAGCUGCGAUCGGCUCAAUUUGUUCUGCCCUCUCUCUGGCCGAAUUGGCUUCUGCUUAUCCUACAGCAGGUGGUCAAUAUCACUUCGUUGCCCAUCUGUCUGGCCAGUACGCAUCAAAGAUCAGCAGUUACUUCGCUGGUUUCAUCACCACAUUUGGUUGGAUCACAGUCACAGGUAGUGCACCUUUCCUCGCAGGUACCAUGAUCCAAGGCCUGCUUGUUCUCAACUACCCCGAAACAUACGUUUACGAGCGAUGGCACGGGACAAUUCUAUACUGGGCUGUGCUCAUCGUAGCAGCCAUCGUCUGCAUCUUCUGCAGCCAUAUCCUUCCCCUGGUGGAGAAGAUCUCCAUGACUCUCCAUAUUGCUCUGUUCUUUGUCAUUCUUAUCGUUAUGUGUGCCGUCUCGCCUACCAAGAACUCUGCAUCAUACGUGUUCACAACCUUCGAGAAUAACUCAGGCUGGGCUAGCGAUGGCGCCGCUUGGUGCAUCGGUAUGCUUAGUUCUUGUUAUGUCUUGAUUGGAUAUGACGGAGCAACUCAUCUCAGUGAGGAGAUGAAGAACCCAGAAGUUGGUAUCCCAUAUGCUAUGGUUGGUAGUGUUGUUCUUAAUAGCUUUCUGGGUUUCUGUUUCCUGAUUGCUCUGUUGUUCUGUAUGGGCGACAUCACUGCAGCUUUACAGACAACAACUGGAUUCCCAAUUAUUGAGAUCUUUUACAACAUCACAAGAAGUCACGCAGGGGCUUCAGCAAUGUCGGCUUCAGUUGUUCUUAUGGCUAGUCUAGCUACUAUCCCAUUGCUUGCAUCAGCGGCACGCGUCAUGUGGGCUUUUGCGAGAGACCAAGGCCUGCCAUUCUCCAAGACUCUCUCUAGAGUCGAAAAGAAACGUGGUAUACCGACCAUAGCUAUCCUCGUUACGUUAGUCAUCUUGAUGCUUCUUGGACUGAUCAACAUUGGCUCAACGACAGCGUUCAACGCCAUCCUCUCCCUGGCAGUAGUUGGUCUCCAGAUAUCGUACCUAGUACCGAUUCUACUUCUUAUCUGGCGUCGUUUUAAGUCCCCUGAGUUACUGGCUUGGGGACCUUUCCGGCUUGGUAAGGCGGGUCUUGUUAUUAAUGUCAUCGCCACCAUGUACUUGGUUUUCACAAGUGUCUUCUCACUAUUCCCGCCUUAUCAGCCUGUCACACCCCAGAACAUGAAUUACGCGUCACUUGUCUUGGGAGCAACUCUCAUCUUUGGGCUUGUGUAUUGGUUGUUGUUUGCGAGGAAGACAUAUGCGGGAGCUUUGAACGAGAUGGAAGGGGUAGUAGCGAAUGCUACCGAGGUAGUAAAGGAGUAAGCAUUAGGUCGUUGUUGAGAGUUUCUUGUGGUAGUGAAAGACAAGUCAGCCUAUGACUUUGAUAAUUAGAAAUUGGAAUUACCUGCCUCUCCUCGAAGUGUAAAACGCCGUGAGCCACAGCAUCCUAAAUGACUCUAACUUCCUAUACCUUCGUGAAACACAUCUUUCGGGGAACGUAUUUGGCACCAAGCGUCACUCCAGAGAGUGUAGGAUGUUCAAAGAUGUUUAAAGAUGUCAAAUAGUGCUGAGGGAUGGUGCAG